AUGUCUGCUUCAUUGCUUUGCUCUGCUCUGCACGGUCAGGAUGAACUCCUUCAUUGCUACAGGGUCAUCGGCUCUCAGAGCAAGGCCGCACGCUGGUUGGGAGGGAGAGGGGAGGGGGGUGGGGAGGAGUGGGGAGGGGUGGAGGGCAGUGGAUGGCAGGUCAUCGGCUCUCAGAGCAAGGCCGCACGCUGGUUGGGAGGGAGAGGGGAGGGGAGUGGGGAGGAGUGGGGAGGGGUGGAGGGCAGUGGAUGGCAGUGCGGGGAGCAGACGGAAGUGGGGUUAUGUCUGCUUCAUUGCUUUGCUCUGCUCUGCACGGUCAGGAUGAACUCCUUCAUUGCUACAGGGUCAUCGGCUCUCAUAGCAAGGCCGCACGCUGGUUGGGAGGGAGAGGGGAGGGGAGUGGGGAGGAGUGGGGAGGGGUGGAGGGCAGUGGAUGGCAGUGUGGGGAGCAGACGGAAGGUCAUCGGCUCUCAGAGCAAGGCCGCACGCUGCAGUGAGGAGGGGGGAGUUGGGUGGAGAAAUGGGGUGGAGCCUGAGGAGUUGUGGGAGGGUAUGCCACCUGCAAGCCACAUGCUGCCAUGCCAUGCCAUGCACGCAUAUUUGCAGCACAGGGUCAUCCGAUCUCAGGCCAGCCCACAUGCUGCUGCCAUGGGAUAG